AUGGUCAACACCGUGCGAUUCCUGGUUCACCUACACCGGCGACGCUUCAACCAAGCGUGCGAGGUCUAUGGCCUCGGUCCCUGCGCGCCUCUGGACGCCGUCAUCGACAUCCGGGCGGUUGCAUACGCCAUCGGCAGUUUUGCUGGGUACUCUGCAAUGCGGGCUUUGCGCGAGGUGUGUCAGGCGGCCCGAUCAGCCGCCGCUGACAUUCUGGACCCCUUGUGCCCAGGCCACCUCUACCUCUGCGGUGGCUUUGAAGGAGCUCUGGCUUUGAGCUCUGUGGAGAGAUUAGAUCCUCACGCUGGUGUUUGGGAGGUGCUCCCACCAAUGACAGAGGCUCGUCAGUACACCUGCGCAGGAGUCAUGUCCGGCAAGAUCUAUGUUUGCGGCGGUUGGGCUGGACCCCAACCUGUCCGAAGUGUGGAGUGCUUUGAUCCGGACCUCGCAAGGUGGUCGCCCAUGCCGCCGAUGCUGGUAGCCAGGCGUUUCUUCUGCCUUUGGCUACAGUCUGUGACACGACGCAUCAGUACAUCAUGUAGUAAAUAUCACUUGGCACCAUGGUUCUGGCAGCAAAGCUAA